GUCACCAGGCUGUCACUGAUAACGGGGGUGAACCUUGCCCUCCUUAUCACUCAAACAACAGGCAAUCGCCGUGCCGGGGCGCCCACAGAGCGGUGCCAAGCCUCCUGCACUCCACUCGCCCGUCCCCGAGAGCCACCAUGUGCACCGGCAAAUGCGCCCGCUUUUUGGGGCUGUCCCUGCUCCCCAUGUCCCUGAUCUGCAUCAUCGCCAACGUCCUCCUCUUCUUCCCUAAUGCAAAGGUCGUCAGCACCGACCACAUCACCCUCCAAGUCUGGCUGAUGGGUGGCAUCUUGGGAGGUGGCCUCUUGGUGCUGUGUCCGUCCUGCGCUGCAAUCCGUGCGGGGGGGAAGGGCUGCUGCGGGGCUGGGUGCUGUGGAAACCGAUGCAGGAUGCUCCGCUCAGUCUUCUCCUCCAUAUUUGGGGCGCUGGGGGGGUUCUACUGCCUGGCAGUAGCCGGGACGGGACUGUCGGAUGGACCUUUGUGCCUCAUGAAUGGGAAGUGGAGGUAUCAUUUCAAGAGCCUAAAUGAGAGUUACCUGUUCAAUAAGACUUCUUGGAAUGACUGUGAGGAGCCCAAGAACAUUGUCCUGUGGAACAUUGUCCUGUUCUCCAUGCUCCUUGGGUUCGGUGCCCUGGAGUUUGUCCUCUGUGCCAUCCAGAUUGUAAACGGACUCAUGGGUGUGUUGUGCGGGGACUGCAGGAAGAAGAACAAGAAUGACGGCUGAUUUGUCUACGGGUCCCUCGGCUCUGAGUGCAGCCCCCAGCCCACUGUACAGAGGGGCACCCCCGACACACACCCCUAGAGUGUACACUCCGUGUAACCAAGACUGUCUAUGAACUCUCUGUAGGGAACCCACUCAUUGUAUAUUAUUUUUCUACAGGGUCCCUCGUUCUUCAAUCUAUAAAAGCUCCAUCUAUAAUCUGUAUUGUAAUUAUUGAGAAAGUAAUUUAUGGAAAAGGACCACAUGUAAUGGUGGCCAGGAGAACCUCAAUUGAUAAUGGUGAGAGAUAAUUUUAACUAAAUAAGUCUGAGAUCCAAUGCUCACUACAGGUUUGCCAGGUGGUCUACAGACCAGAUGAAGGCACUCCAUCUAUCUACAAGAGCCAUAUACCUGCCAUGGGUCAGGCCAGCUAGAGUAAGGCCCCUGAUGGACCCCAAGUUAGGAGGACAAUUCCUAUUGACCCUUAAGGUUAUAUAACGCUUAUAGCAUUUUGUAGUCCAUUGUAGCUUCAUUGUAGACUCAUCUGCAAUUGUUGAAGAAGCUUCUAGCCAGAAGUGUGUCCUCCUGUCCAACUGAAGCACUCUUCACGUGUCCAUAAGGACCCACAAAACAAAGUUCUACCAUAACGAGUCAUCUCCUGAAGGCAGGAGUGCUCCUCCAAUCUAAAAACAUUGUCAAAACAUAUCCUGAAUCCUAUUGGACAAGAUGAGCCACGUGGGCUGAGAGAUAAUUCUAACUAAAUAAGUCUGAGAUCCAGUGCUUACUGCAGGUUUGCCAGGUGGUCUACAGACCAGAUGAAGGCAUAUCAUCGAUCUACAAGAGCCAUAUACCUGCCAUGGGUCAGAUAGGCCAGCUAGAGUAAGGCCCCUGAUGGACCCCAAGUUAGGAGGACAAUUCCUAUUGACCCAUAAGGUUAUAUAACACUUAUAGAAGAAGCUUCUAGCCAGAAGUGUGUCCUCCUGUCCAACUGAAACACUCUUCACGUGUCCAUAAGGACCCACAAAACAAAGUUCUACCAUAACGAGUCAUCUCCUGAAGGCAGGAGUGCUCCUCCAAUCAAAAAACAUUGUCAAAACAUAUCCUGAAUCCUAUUGGACAAGAUGAGCCACGUGGGCUGAGAGAUAAUUCUAACUAAAUAAGUCUGAGAUCCAGUGCUUACUGCAGGUUUGCCAGGUGGUCUACAGACCAGAUGAAGGCAUACCAUCUAUCUGCAAGAGCCAUAUACCUGCCAUGGGUCAGAUAGGCCAGCUAGAGUAAGGCCCCUGAUGGACCCCAAGUUAGGAGGACAAUUCCUAUUGACCCUUAAGUUUAUAUAACACUUAUAGAAGAAGCUUCUAGCCAGAAGUGCAACUGAAGCACUCUUCAUGUGUCCAUAAAGACCCAAAAACAAAGUUCUACUGUAGCAAGCCAUCUCCUGAAGGCAGGAGUGCUCCUCCAAUCUAAAAACAUUGUCAAAACAUAUCUUGAAACCUAUUGGACAAGAGCCAUGUGGGCCUACAAGUCACUGGACAACGUGCCACCGAGCAUUCUCGAUAACUUAGCCAAUCAAUAUGCUGCGUGGCCUUUUGGGAGAGCUUGAGGAAUAAAGCAAGUUGCAUUAAUUGAGGUGACAAUUGACGGGGUUAUAUAUAUUGGUCAUCUGGCCACACCAACUUUAAUAAAUAUUUUCACAUUCAA